AUGCUAACUGUACAAAGCCGUGCAUUAAGCAGUUUGUCCCGGAGUAUAGCUCCAGUGACGCUGUUGAUGCUCAAAAGAGGGUUGGCUACUUAUUCAUACACAGGAAGGAAACCCAUCAAUGAAGCAACAAUCAUCGAAAACUCAAACUUAGGGGAAGACACCAACAUCAGUGAUACCGGAUUUAUAUUGAAAAGUAACAACAAAACCACUCUGUAUAUUGAUCAUAUAUGCUUUCCAAAGGAGUCAAAGUGGGACAUUAAGCAGUUUAUUUCUCCUUUGUUAUAUCCCUCUUCGGCGGAGGCUAUAACCAAGUACGUUGCGGACUUAACAUCGUCCUACAAGAACGUUGAGAUUAUUCCUAUUCCGAGGGAUGGUGGUGCUUUUGCAACGUUUGAAUUACCAGCUGCAACAACACCACAGUUGUACAAUAAAUCUAUCAUUUACAAUCUAAGUGAAAAGAUUGUAAAGAAGCAUAGGUUUUUUUUACGUAUAGGCAUUUUCCCCGUUAAAGGUAUUCCUUGGGUUGAAGAUAUGGGCAGGUAUGCUUCCAAGACUUUGAAAGUUAAGUUUGAAGGUGAUGAAUUGUCCCAGGAAUCUUUAUAUGCAAUGUUCAGAAGAUACGGUAAGAUAUCCGACAUUGUGUUGCCCAAACCAGGAGAUAUGGAAAGAGUGGCCUUGGUCACUUUUUGGAGUAAUAGAAGCGCUAUUUGCGCUAGACACUGUCUCACUGGCUCUGAUGUUGGAGGCACUACAAUACAUAUUCAUUACAAGAAGAAAGUGAGUGACCAUUGGUUACCAACAUUUAUCAGAGACCACCCUAGAAUUGCAAUUCCUUUGUUAUUGGCUUUUGCUGCAGCAACCGCCGUAUUGAUUUUUGAUCCGGUGAGAAGUUGGUUUAUUAAGGAAAAAAUUAAAGGUGAACUUGAAAUAAACAGAUACUUUUGGUUACAAGAAAUGUGGAGGGGCUGGAUCACCACAAGAAACAAAGUUAAGGGUUUAUUGAACUAUAAGCAAAACGAAGAGGCCGAAUGGGAGUUAUGGGGUGAAAUCGACGACUUAAUGGAGGAAAGAGAGAAGAAGGCCAAAGAUCUGAAAAUAUGGUUGGAAGAAAACGUCAAUUCAAUGAUUGUGGUCCAGGGGCCUCCAGGUAGCGGUAAGCGGCAUUUGGUUAAUACUAUGGUAUUAGAAGACCGUGAAAAUGUUCUUUAUUUUGAUUGUGAAAAUGUUAUCAAAUCUCGUAAAGACUACCAAUUAAUUCAGAGUUUUGCACACGAAAUUGGAUAUUUCCCUGUUUUCUCCUUUGUCAGCAGUGUGUCUAGUUUCAUUGACUUGGUUGUCAAGAGUUUAACUGGACAAAAUUCUGGUUUAACAGAGACCAAAGAAUCGCAGACCCAAGCAAUGUUAACUUUAUCAAUUGGUGCAAUACGUGAUUUAUCAUUGCGCAGCUAUCGUGAAAUGUUAUCCAAUAAUGCUGAUUUCAAUAUGAAGGAAGAGGAUUAUUUACAGCAAAAUCCUCAUUGUAAGCCUGUUAUUGUGAUUGACAGGUACCAAUCAUCAAGAAAGAAGAACCAAAGCAAUGCCUUCAUAUAUCAACAGUUAGCAGAAUGGGCAGCUAACUUAGUCCAAUUGAAUAUUGCACAUGUUAUCUUUAUAACCGAUGAUGUUGGGUCGGUUCAAGAUUUAAUCAGGGCUUUGCCUUCGGCUCCAAUAAAGAGAAUUGUUCUUUCAGACGCCUCUAAAACUGCUUCGAGUAUUUACGUGAAACAUGCUCUAGGUGAGGAUUUUGUUAAUCAAAACGAGUCUUAUAGAGCCGAACUUGAAAAAUACACCGACAUGUUAGGUGGACGUAUGAGGGAUUUGCAAAUGUUUGUUCGCCGUAUCCGUAGUGGUGAUUCGCCAAAAGAAGCGUUUGAAGGGCUGACACAACAAUCUAUUGAGCAACUAUCCCAAGUAUUUUUAGCAGGAACCCAAGAUUACGGGUUUAAUGUCUCUCAGGCAUGGCAAAUCAUCAAACUUUUAAGUGAAAAAGAGGAAGUGCCUUAUGACGAUAUUUUCCUCUUACCGAUGUUCAAGGCCAAUACAUUUAAAAUUUUACAAAGUAUGGAAAACGUUGAACUAGUUCGAUUAAACCGUAUUGAUGGUGUUAUAUCAAGUGUUCUCCCAGGUAAGCCAUUAUAUUUGAGAGCAUUCAAAGAGAUGAUGAAUGAUCCUGAAAUUUACAAGGCCGUUCAGAAAGAAUGUUUGCUGGGCAUGAUUGAAUUUGAAACUAAUAGAAUUCGGAAGUUCAUUGAAGAGUUGAAUAAGUUUAAGGAGGUUCCGGAACCUAAGUUGUUCAAGGAGAGGCUACAAUAUUUGAGUGGCAAAAUUGAAGGAGGUUCCAAAGUAAUUACGGAAUGUGAGAAAGAAAUGAUGAAACUGAAGGAAAAAUGA